CGGGGCGGUCGAGCUCCUCGAGGGCUGCAGCGGCCUGGCGCCCUUCGCGGCGCUGCUGGGGCCGCUCGGGGGCGCGCCCGGGGGCCCCGCGCGGCCCGCACCGUGCGGCGGCCUUGCUGCGGCCCUCGAGGCCUCCGACGGCGGCGACGGCCCGGAGCUCGGCGAGCCAGAGCGGAGGACGAUGCAGCGGGACGUGGAGCUCGCGCAGAUGCGGAGGGUCUUCGAGCGGCUGCGGGCAGCGGGGGCCCAGGGGCGCCGCCCGUGCGGUGGGCCGGAGGAGCUGGGGAGGCGGCCGGAGUGGGCCAGCGGAGUGGGCCAGCUCCGCAGCCUCGUCGGCGCCCAGUUCGACGAGGCGCGCGGGGAGCUCCGCAGGUUCCGCCCCUUCCUGGAGCGCGGCCGCCCGUUGCGGCCACGAGCGCGGAGGAGCAGGUGGUGGUCACCCUGGAGGGCGACGGGCCUGCCGGGCUCGACCGCGUGCUCCGCGACCUCAGGAGCGAGCUCUCGGAGCUACGCGCGAUGCCGGAGGUCAUCGAGUUGGCGGCCCUGGAGGUGGACGUGGCGGGCCCCCGGGCGGCGCUCGCCGCGGCCCUGGCGGAGCGCGAGGCGCAGCUCGGCGCGGCGCUCCUCGCCGCGGUGGCGGGGAGGCUCGGCGGCCUGCGCUCCUGGGUGGCGGGCGUGCGCGAGGAGCUCUCUGGCCAGCUGGACACCCUGGACGCGUUCGGCGCGCACCUCUGCGUGCUGUCCGAGCUGAACUUCGCGGUGCUGGAGCAGCAGGCGGGACUCCGCGAGACCUUCCGGCUCUGCGAGGUGGUGUCGUUGCACGGCUUCCAGACGGAAGGCACGCUGCAGAGGGAGGCCGCCGUGGCCAGCAGGGAAUUCGAGGUCUUGAAGGCGUUCAUCUCUGAGAAGUACACCGGGUCAGAGCAGCUGCAGCGCAGCUUUGCGCGGGAGCUUAGCGAAGGCAGGGCGGCCAUGGAGGAGCGCUGCGCCGAGCUCCGCGGGGAGGCCUGCGACGAGAGGAUGCUGCGGCCACCUCCAAUCGCGCAAGAGCCGCAAGAGGUUGUCGUUCGGAGAAUGUUGCGCGUCACCAUUGUCAGCGCACGGGGUUUUCACGCCGCGGAUGGGCAGAGAAAGAGCAGGAGCAUGAGCCAGUCUAGGGAGGUCCUCGAUCUUUAUUGUGCAUGCGAGAUUGAGGGCAAGCCCGAGACCCUCUUUCAUACUGAGGUGGCAAGGGAGACAAUCUAUCCUGUCUGGGGCCACCAGGGUGAAUGGAUCCCGUACGAGCCCGGCGAUGUCCUCCGCAUCAGGGUGCUCAGCAAAGACGAUGGGGAGGACCAUGAGUUUGGGUCCGCCGACCUGGCGAGCUUCGAAUUUGAGGAUGCCGGGUUCGAGGGCGAGCGAGAGCUGUGUGGGCCAGAAGGUCGCACCGAAGCCUUCUUGGACCUUGCCGUCCACGUCGACGAGACCCCCAUGGAGGUGCACGACAGAGACACGAGCCCGGCCGAGGCGCGGCCGAUCGCGGGGCCCGAGGACCUCGCGGACGGCCUCGCCGCCGUCGAGAGGCUGUGGUCCCGGUGCCAGGACCUGCGUGCCGCGUGGGUCGAGCUCAACGAGCGGGCUGGGAGGAUCGGGCUGCACAGCACCCCGUCGCCGGCGCUGGACGAGCUCGAGGCCGCGGUGAGCAGCCGCCGCGCGCUGUGGGAGGUGGCCCUGCAGUGCGAGGCGCACUUCGCGCGCUGGACGGGCCUGCCCCUGCACGAGAUCGACGUGUCCGCGGCGCAGCGGCUGACCGGGGACUUGAGGCAGCAGGCAUGGAGGGCGCAGACGGCGCUGCCGCCGAACCCGGUGCAGCAGCACGUGAUGGGCAGGCUCCGCACGCUGGAGGCGAACCUGCCGAUCGUGGGCGUGCUGUGCAACCCCCACAUGGAGCAGCACCACUGGAGCUCCGUGGCCGAGCUCCUGCGGCUGGACCCGGACCUCGACCGCGCCGCGCUCUCCCUGGGCGACGUGGUGCUCCUCGGCCUCGCCCGGCACGGCAGGGACGUCGAGGCGUUGUCCGCCGAUGCCCUGAAGAACAGGCGGCUCACGGUCGGCGAGAGCGCGGGUUUCGACUGCACGCCGGCCUUCAGGUCGAAGCUCUGGAAGCUCAGGGCCGACUCGGACCCUGGCCAGAGCGCGAACUGGUUCGAGCGCGACAUGUGGAUCCCGCAGGACGGCAGCCUCGUCUACCUCAGCGUGAAGGAAGAGCGGGAGCUCAUCUACUACACCCCCGGCGACCUGGCCUCCGCCUCCAUCGUGGAGCUAGACGGCACGGACUCGUGCAAGCCGUGGGGCUUCCGGGUGGUCCUCCCCGCAAAGGACGGCGUCGAAUUCGCGCCGUCCACGUUCGCGGCGGAGUCGAGGGAUCUCCGGGCCCAGUGGGUGGAGCGGCUCCGGAGGUCGUAGGAGCUGCCCGCGCCAGGCUGCCAGCGAAGCUGGCGCUUGCGUGGGCCCAUCUCUCGUGGCCUCUGUAGGGGCACGGGUGCGUGGCAUGCUCGGAGGAGUCUCGGAGUGAAGGUGCCCCCCGUCGCCGAAA